AUGGAUUUAACUGAUAAACUGAUUAUAUCAAGGCCAUUGUACUUUACAGAUGAUACCAGCAAUUGUGGUUAUUGUAGUGGUAAAAAAGCUGACAAGAGAAGAUAUUUUGCAUUAGAUUCAUGGUAUGAGAAAUACUCUAAUGAUUUAGACCAAAUCAAGGUUAGCAAUAAUACUGUUGGGUUUCAUUUGGAGUCAAUUAGUAUUGAUAAGUAUGACAACUUUUGUAAUAUGGGAUUUAGAAGGUCUGGUACUUUCAUCUAUAAGUGUGAUAUGUUGAGAAACUGUUGUAGAUUAUAUACUAUUAGAACAUCAGUUGGUGAAUUGACGUUAACUAAAGAAUUGAAAAAGGCCCUGACAAGGUUUCGUAAAUUAAUUUGUUCUGAUAAUUUGAAACCAAACGAUUCACAAAACUUUAUCGAAGAAAUAGCUAAUAUGGAGAAAUCUUCAAAUAGAUUUAAAACAGUUUUUGAACCUCCUGUCUUCACAGAGGAAAAAUAUCAAUUGUUUGCAAAAUUCCAAGAAGAAAUCCAUAACGAUUUCGAUCAUACUCCAAAAUCGUUUAAGAGGUUCCUUUGUAACUCACCAUUCCCUGAAAAGACAAUCAUGGGUGAUAAAGAGGAGUGGUGCACGUUGAACCACUGGAGAGACUUAAAAUCAGAUGAAUACAUCACAAGGUUGGGCCCAACUCAUGAAUGUUACUAUUUAGACGAUAAACUAAUUGCAUUUGCAGUGACUGAUUUUAUGAAGACUGGUAUAUCAUCAGUUUAUUUUGUAUGGGAUCCUACAUUUGCCAAAUAUUCUCUUGGUAAAGUUAGUGCAUUAAGGGAAUUGGCAAUUACAAGUAAAAUCAAAGAUGGAUUUUAUUAUUUGGGUUACUACAUCAGUGAUUGUGAUAAGAUGAAUUACAAAGGAAAAUACGGAGGAGAAUUAUUAGAUAUUUGUAGUGGUGACUAUGUACCACUGUCUAAAGUAUCUAAAAUAAUCGAGACAGGUAAUUUUUUUAUGGCAAAAAAUCCUAAUGAACAAACCAAUCCUGAUGAGGAACCAUUAAUGAAUGAAGUAUUUGAAAAACAAUGCCACAAAUCUCUCAAAAAUGAUAUCCCUCUGGUAAACAUCUCCGAUAUGAUAUACGGAGUCAAUUCUAAAUCUGUGAUGUUGUCAAAUGAAGCUGUCUUAGAGUUGAACAAACUAGGAAUACCUUAUACCCAAGAAAACAUCACAUCUAUUUACAAAUUGAAGAACGAGACAGAUAAACCAUCUGAAGAGAUGAUUAUGGGAAACGAUAAAGUCACCACCAUACCAAAUGUCAUCCCAGGUUUAAUCUCAUUACCAGAACUUGUAGACAUGAUCAAAAAACAUAGAUUAACAGAACUGAAUUAUCAAUUAAUCAUAUUCGAUUCACAACUAGGAAAAAUGAGACUAGUAAGUGAUUUCGAUUCAGAAAUUCCAGAGACCAAAAGAAUCAUUUGCGACAUGAUCAGAACAGUUGGCCUAGAAUACGCUACGGACACUAUAUUAAUUCUAUAG